CAGACGCUCAUUGUGCGGGCCGCCGUGGCAAUUGGGCCCGGAGGGAGUGCGGGGGCGCGGGGGGCGGGCGGCUGCGGUGCUGCGGUGCGCGGUGCGUCGCUGCGGGUGCGCUGCGGGUGCUCUGGUGGUGCGGUGCGUCUCUGCGUGCUGCCGUCCGGCCUGCGGUGAAGUUCGACCCUAGCCAGCCCGUGCGGCAAAAGUUGCGCCCGCCAAUCGCCGCCAUGCCCUUCUCGGUGACUAAAGUGAACGACAACUUUUCUGCGAGCACCGCGCUGCAUGUUCCCCUGCGCGCUGCCACGACUGCUGCGGACGCUUGGGACUAGCCGGCGCCUUCUACACACAGCACGAUCCGGCAUGGCUUCAGCGCCCGACAGCGCCGCCCCGCGCGCCGCCAACGGCGCAAAGCGGCUCUUCGAGACGCCCUUGAGGAGCGAGGAAGGGCCCCGCGGGAGCUACCGCUUCAAGAACAAGAGGAUGCGCAACGGCCAUGCCGUCGGCAGCCAGAUCCUGCAGACAAACGGCAGCACCGAAGAAGUGCUGCUGCAAGACGUCACGGCCCUGGUCCAGAAACUCCACCUGGAGCGGCCCGGCACAGACACUGCGGUAGCACUCCCUGAGAAGCUCAGCGAAAUCGAAGUGACCAUCAGGGAGCUGUCGUCCACCGGCGACGGUCUUGGCUUCCAAGAGGGCUCCGACUCGGACCAGGUGUAUGCCGUGCCCUUCACAGCGCCGGGCGACACCGUCACAGCCAAGAUCUUCAAGCACUUCGAGAAGGAGAAGUACUCCAUGGCCGACUUCGUCAAGGUCAGCAAGCCUUCCCCGAGCCGCGACGACUCGCUCGUCAAGUGUCCGUACUUCUCCAAGUGUUCUGGGUGCCAGUUCCAGAUGCUCCCCUACGACUACCAGCUCCAGCACAAGAAGUCCAUUGUCGAGCGCGCGUACAAGAACUUCUCCAAUCUGCCACCCCAUCUCAUCCCCACCAUCGGCGACACCAUCGGCUCACCGCUCCAGUAUGGAUAUCGCACCAAGCUCACGCCUCACUUUGACGGGCCUCCAGAUUCGCGGCGCAGCGAUGGGCGUAAUGGCAUCAAGCGCUCCUUCCAAGAGGUCCCCGCCAUUGGCUUCAUGAGGAAAGGAACGCGCAUCACCAUGGACAUUGAGGAUUGCCCCAUUGGCACCGACGCCGUCCGGGCAGGCAACAAGCGCGAGCGCAAACGAGUCGUCGACACACUGUCGUCCUUCCACAAAGGCGCCACCAUUCUCCUCCGCGAGAACACCCAAAGAAUCCCCAAAGACACACACGACCCUGCCGUCGAAAAGGAAGACGCCGACGCAGUAGACGAGGACAGAGGCACGCACAUCCACCGCAAAACAUGCGUGACGGAUCCCAAUGCGCGAACAACCGAAUACAUCGACGACUUCCAGUUCGUCAAUCCCGCGGGCUCCUUCUUCCAGAACAACAACUCGAUCCUCCCCCCCUUCACACAGUACAUCCGCGAGCACAUCCUGCCCCAGGACCCCGGGCACAAGAUCCGCCACCUCAUCGACGCAUACUCCGGGUCUGGCCUGUUCACCAUCACGCUCAGCGCGCUGUUCACAAGCAGUCUGGGCAUCGACGUGAGCUCGUCGAGCAUCAAGUCGGCGACCGAGAACGCGGCACUCAACGGCCUGACACCCGACCGCGCCCGCUUCAUCGCCGCCGACGCGAGCCAGUUGUUCGCGUCCAUUACCUCGCCUGCCGACGAGACGGUCGUCAUGCUCGAUCCGCCGCGCAAGGGCUGCGAUGAGUCGUUUCUGCGCCAGCUGGUGCAGUACCGGCCCGCGCGGGUCGUGUACGUGAGCUGCAACGUGCACACGCAGGCACGCGAUAUCGGGGUGCUGGUUGGGGGGAUGAAAGGCGUUGACGGGGGGUGUGGAGUCGGAGAGGGCUGCUACGAGCUGGAGUCACUGCGAGGCUUUGACUUCUUCCCGCAAACGGGGCACGUCGAGGGCGUUGCUGUGCUCAAGAGGAAGGAGUCAACAAAAGUGGAAAAAGAGACAGGGCAGAGUGGUGGCUCGUAGAUGUGGUCUUGGCAUACUGUACUCGAGAGCUACUUCGUCAAUGGUGCGCCGCCCAUGUAUGGCCAGCAGCCAUUUAUUCACUGUCACGGUUGAUAUGGCCGCGGCGUGCCGACAGAGACUGGGAUUGAGUAAAUUGUAUCUUAGAUU